UGCAGCUGCGCCAACACACACACGAGACACACACGCACACAGACGCGCACUCAACUUCCACAGUUUCUUCUGCAGGAAAAUUUUGAAGGCGAAUCGAAACGAAAUUCGCAGUGAACGCGCCGCGUACUCGCGACCGCAACGUAAUCGGAAUCUCGUUGGUGAUCCGGAGGCGAAGUGCCCCCUGUGCGAUGCCAGCAACUGGCCAGCAAUCAGCCGUCGCCGUCCAAUAACCAAUAGCUCGUUCGAUUUGCAAGUCGGAGUUGCAGAACGGAACACAACCGCCCAAUCGCCAGUCAUCGUACGUGGCGCUAUUCUCGCAGUCUCGCAGCAGGUGCUCCAUCCGUCCGGAGGAGGAGGAGCCCAUCCGGAUCCCAGAACCGGGCGCCACCAUGACGGACGCCACUAACAACGCGCUGGCCGAGAAGGGCCUGCCGGAGAUGAAGGGCUGGCUGUUGAAGUGGACCAACUACAUCAAGGGCUACCAGCGGAGGUGGUUCGUCCUGUCCAAGGGCGUGCUGAGCUAUUACCGCAACCAGACGGAGAUAAACCAUACGUGCCGGGGCACCAUAUCGCUGCACGGAGCCCUCAUCCACACGGUGGACUCGUGCACGUUCGUCAUCUCGAACGGCGGCACCCAGACGUUCCACAUCAAGGCCGGCACCGAGGUGGAGCGCCAGUCGUGGGUCACCGCCCUGGAGCUGGCCAAGGCCAAGGCCAUCCGGGUCCUCGAGUGUGAGGAGGAGGAGGAAACGGAGACGGCGCACGUCGUGCCCAGCCAAGAGAUCAGCUCAGUGGUCCGGGAUCUCACCGAGCGACUGGAGAACAUGCGCACCUGCUACGACCUGAUCACCAAGCACGGCGCCGCCCUGCAGCGUGCCCUCAAUGAUCUGGAGACGAACGAGGAGGAGUCGCUGGCCAGCCGCACGAAGAUCGUCAACGAGCGGGCCACCCUCUUCCGGAUCACAUCGAAUGCAAUGAUCAACGCCGGCAACGAUUACCUGUCCUCGGCGGAGGCCCAGGGCCACAAGUGGUCCAAGAUGCUGCAUCACGAGCGCGAGCAGCGCCAGCGGCUGGAGGAGAUCGUCGAGCAGAUGGCCAAGCAACAGUCACAGAUGGAGCAGGCCGCCGUCCUGGUGCGCCAGAACAAGCCGGUGCCGUCCAGCUCUGGCGUUGGCACUGUCGGCUCCCUGGUGACCUCCGACGAUGAGGUGGAGUUCUUCGACGCCGAGGAGCAUGGCUACACUGGUCCAGGUCGCACAGUGGAGUCGCCGGAUCGAGAGCGGGGCACCUUCAUCCUUAAAAUGAGCACGCGACGCAGCAGCAGUGAGGACCAGGUGGAGGGCCAGCUGGAGGGCAGCUCAUCGGAGAGCGAUGAGCAGAAGCGUACUGUGCAGACGGUGCAGCAGGUGUGCCUGGUGAGUGCCCCGCGGGUGGCCUCAGGAGGGCAGGGCGACGAUGACGAUGUGGACAAAGCGGUGCCGCCCAAGGCGAGCACCGACUCCAUCUAUGGACGCAACUGGAACCCUGAUCUGAUGAAGAAGCGGCGCGAACGAGUGCCGGACAAACCGAACCAUCCCGUCAGCCUGUGGGGCAUCAUGAAGAACUGCAUUGGCAAGGAUCUGUCCAAAAUUCCCAUGCCCAUCAACUUCAACGAGCCGCUGUCGAUGCUGCAGCGUCUGGUGGAGGACUACGAGUACUCGGAGAUCCUCGACUACGCGGCCACCUGUCAGGACGAGUGCGAGCAGCUGGCCUACCUGGCCGCCUUCACUGUGUCCGCUUAUGCCACGACAACGAACCGCACCGGCAAGCCCUUCAAUCCGCUGCUGGGCGAGACCUACGAGUGCGAUCGUAUGGACGACUACGGCUGGAGGUGCCUGGCCGAGCAGGUAUCCCAUCAUCCACCGAUAGCGGCGCUCCACUGCGAAAGCAAGAACUGGACGUGCUGGCAGGAGUUCUCCAUGACCAGCAAGUUCCGCGGCAAGUACGUUCAAGUUAAUCCCCUGGGUGGCGUAUAUGUGCAAUUUCUGGACAGCGGUAGGCGUUACUCCUGGCGCAAGGUGACCACCACAGUGAACAACAUCAUUGUGGGCAAACUGUGGGUGGACCAGCAUGGUGAAAUGGAAAUCAAGGGAACGCAGGCGGCGGAGGGGCUCAAGUGCGUCUUGAACUUUAUUCCCUACUCGUACUUCAGCCGCGAGGUGCAGCGGAGCGUUAAGGGCGUGGUGAUGAACAAAGACAACGAGGUUAAGUGGGUGGUGCGAGGUACCUGGGACCUGAAGAUCGAAAUUGCACCGGUGCUGAAGACCACGGGAUCGCCCAACAGUCCAACUUAUACCACGGGCGACUUUAAGCUGGCCUGGCGCCGCCGUCCUGCUCCACCGGACUCGGAGAAGUUCUACAACUUUACCACACUAGCCUGCCAGCUUAACGAAGAGGAGGAGGGCGUGGCGCCGACGGAUUCACGCCUGCGUCCCGACCAACGGCUCAUGGAGCAGGGCAACUGGGACGAGUCGAACAAGGAGAAGUUGCGUCUGGAGGACAAGCAGCGCACAGAACGACGCAGGCGGGAGGCCGAGGCUGAGCAAGCGGCGGCGGAGGGCAGGCCUUAUCCAGCCUACGAGCCCAUGUGGUUCAAGCGCGAGAAGGAGGAGGGCAGCGAGGAAUAUGUGCACGUGUUUAAGAACACAUACUGGGAGGCCAAGGCGGCGCAGAACUUCGAGGGCUGUCCGGAGAUCUACUAGACAGCAGUAGCCAACGGAGCAGCCAUGGGAGCCACAACUGCAGCCACUACCACACAUAGCAGCCUUAGCGAAUAUUCUAAAGAUUUCAAAUAUGCAGCCUGCACACCACUGCACACAACCGAGACACCACAGCGGGACACGCUCCGAUGAAUUGCGGAGCAGCACAUACGCAUAUAGUAGUACCACACUUCGAUCUAGUGCAUAUAUAUAAAUUAAUUCCUGUAAACUAACCGAGUUUGAUCCAUCCCUUGCGUCGAAAUCUACUUUGAUUAUUUCUUUUAUGACUUUCGGUUUCCCAUUUCUAGCGGCUUUCCAAGGGGGGGCUAGACAAGUGAAAGCUUUUAAACCACUAGAUGUAUUUUCCUUUCCGUAGAAUGCAUAUUUCGCCUUUGUUGUGUAUAUAUAUAUAUCGAACCUAAU